GAUACAUCUGUAGAUCUUCGCGGAUGUUCGUCGCCGAGUUUGCGCCAACCAAGAUGAAAAGUGAAGGUGGGGAUUGCAACUAGUCUCUUGUAUCCGGAGAGAUAAGGAUUGUCGGUGAUGUGCGUGCCCACUGGCCUCGGAGAGGACAACGCAAGGUUCAUCCUUCUUUUUGGGGUCCUGGCAGUGUACAUGCUAGCCGGCGCUGCAAUCUUUCAACAACUAGAGGCUGAUCUUGAAGUGCGACAGACUGCAGAAUUUUGGCGCGUUUAUCAUACUUUCCAAACAUACCAUUUGCAAGGUGGUCCAAUUGCUCUUCAAAGACUAAAUGAGUUAUUAUAUGCAUAUGGAAAUGCUUCAUCUUCUGGCGUCAUUAAUAAGAGCCGACGAUGGGAUUUUCUUGGCAGCUUUCACUUUGUGGGUACUAUAGUUUCCACAAUUGGAUAUGGGAACACUACACCGCAAACACGAGCGGGUAAAAUAGUUGCCGUUCUAUAUGGUUUUCUCGGUUGUUCCGGUAGUACAAUAGUUUAAUCAUUAAGAAUAAAUGUUAUUAUGCACAUUAUAAUUUUUCUCGUUACUUUUUACAAUGCAGGUGGGAUUUUAUUUUUCAAUUUGUUUCUCGAAAGGAUUAUCACUUUACUUGCUUGGAUUUUACGGACCAUACACAUCCAUCGUAUGAAAAGGCAUAUUCGGAAAAAUUCAUUGACAUCUCGACAUUCGUUCGGAUCAUCCAAAAAUGAGAAAUCUUUACCAGACAUACUCGAUGACGAUUAUUUAGAUCUAAAUGAAUGGAAACCAAGUGUAUAUUGGGUUAUGCUAUUUCUA